GCGCACAGACCACAGCGACCCAGCUGCAGCCCCAGACGCCCGGGCUGCGAAGUCCCGCUCUGCGCCUGCGCGGCAGCAGCGCGCGAAAACUGCCCGUCCCCUUCCUCCCGGAAGAGGCGGGGCUUCCGGCUGGAACCUGGAAACUUAGGUUCGACCCUGGUUCAUUUUGGGUCGGGCCCUCGGAAAAGAUGGCAGACGUGCAGGAGGCUGAGGUGAAAGUGGACGGCAGCGAGCCGAAACUGAGCAAAAAUGAGCUGAAGAGACGCCUGAAAGCUGAGAAGAAAGUAGCAGAGAAGGAAGCCAAGCAGAAGGAGCUCAGCGAGAGACAACUAAGCCAGGCCACUGCUGCUGACACCAGCCACAGCGCUGACAAUGGUGUGGGUGCUGAGGAGGAGAGCCUGGACCCAAACCAAUACUACAAGAUCCGCAGUCAAGCAGUUCACCAACUAAAGGUUAAUGGGGAGGACCCAUACCCACACAAGUUCCAUGUAGACAUCUCGCUUACUCACUUCAUCCAAGAAUACAGUCACCUGCAGCCUGGGGACCACUUGACUGACAUCUCCUUAAAGGUGGCAGGUAGGAUUCAUGCCAAAAGAGCUUCUGGGGGAAAGCUCAUCUUCUAUGACCUUCGAGGAGAGGGGAUCAAGUUGCAAGUGAUGGCCAAUUCCAGGAAUUAUAAAUCAGAAGAAGAAUUUAUUCAUAUCAAUAACAAACUGCGACGGGGAGACAUAAUUGGAGUUGAGGGGAACCCUGGGAAAACCAAGAAGGGUGAGCUGAGUAUCAUUCCUCACAAGAUCACGCUGCUGUCUCCUUGCUUGCACAUGUUACCUCACCUUCACUUUGGCCUCAAAGAUAAGGAAACACGGUAUCGUCAGAGAUACUUGGACUUGAUCCUGAAUGACUUUGUAAGGCAGAAAUUUAUCAUCCGCUCGAAGAUCAUCACAUACAUAAGAAGUUUCUUGGAUGAGUUGGGAUUCCUGGAGAUUGAAACUCCCAUGAUGAACAUCAUCCCAGGCGGAGCUGUGGCCAAGCCUUUCAUCUCCAUUCCAGAAGCAUAG